UAUUUAAUAUCCACCGUCCACGUGUACAACACUACCCCACUUGCACCGCCUCUCCCUACCCCCUAUAAAUACACGCAAACCCCUCCACCUUGUUCUUCACACAAUACAAUUUCCCUUUUCAGAACUCUCUAGAGUCUUUCAGUAAUCAGCCUUCGGUCACUACAAGUUUUCAACAAGCAAAGUACAUGGUUGAGUUGGAAAUCCAGGUCCCAACCCCUUUUGAUCCAUUUGCUGAGGCUAAAGAAGCGGAUGCCCCCGGAGCCAAGGAGUAUGUGCAUAUACGCAUUCAGCAAAGGAAUGGAAAGAAAAGCUUGACCACAGUGCAAGGGCUGAAGAAGGAGUUCAGCUACGAGAAGAUCCUCAAGGAUCUUAAGAAGGAGUUUUGCUGCAACGGGAAUGUUGUGCAGGAUAAGGAGCUGGGGAAGAUAAUUCAGCUCCAAGGUGAUCAGCGCAAGAAGGUGUCUCAGUUUCUGGUUCAGGCUGGCCUUGUCAGGAAAGAACAGAUUAAGAUUCAUGGUUUUUGAAGUUGUUGGUUUUUGAGUCUGGAUUUUCUUUUAUAUGAUUCUAGUGGGUGAAUUUUAUUAUUAAAUAAGUCCUGGUUUUCUUUUAUGAUUGAAUUCCAUGGAUAUUGUUGGUGAGCUUGAAUGUCUGAGAACUAUAUUAUAUAUUAAUGAUUUGGUUUUUAGAA